GAAGUACACAGCUGGGUCUCCUGACUCCCAGACUAUCUAUUUUGGGUACUGGGAGUUGAAAUGCCUCCUUGUUCUCCCCCACUGACCUGGUCCGAGAAGUUGGGCCAAGGCUUUAGAGGUGAAUGGCCAAGGCAAAUGCCUGGAGGGAAGUUGUAAAGACUGAUGGAAUCUUUGGGCAGGAAGGCCUGACCCUGUGGUCUUUGGAGUCCCCCGUAUUCCCCUGUGACUCCAUUGCCACCAAGCUGGACCAGGCCCCCUCUCUUGGGAGGCUCUCACAGCCCCCACCACAUUGCCUGGAGCUCGUCUGAGAACCCUUCUCCCUCUGUGUGGUCCAGCCAGAUGCUCUGCUGGGCAGUCCCCACUGGGACAAGACCAAGAAAUGAGUGCAAGAUAGGUUACCGUGGUUGGCAUGAAAUCCCAACCUCCUUCCACCCAUGAACAGGAACCUGGGGUGAGGCCCAGGAGGAAAAGGGUGUAGACAGAGGGCAGGAUGGAAGGAGCUCUGGGCAGAGUCAGGCUCUACCUGUGUGACCUGGAACACUUUUCUUCCCCUCUCUGGGACUCAGAUUCCCCAUGUGUACAGUAAUGGCGGCAGGGUGACACAACCCAACUCUUAUGUCCUUUUAAAAUGAUGCCCUUGGUCAGGGGUCUGUGACUAGAGACACGUUCUGAUCCGAGGAAAUGACGGUUGAAGAAGUGAGGGGGUGAGAAGCCCAAGGGCUCGCAGAGGAACCUUGGCAGACCUUAGUGCAGAGGAUGGAAACGGAACGCAACAGGCACUCGAAAAUGAAUGAGAGAUGGAGAAGGGAUAACCCAAGAAGAAGGUGGGACAGGAGGGCCGGUUGACACUGCAGUGUGGGUCUUCCGCUGGGGUCAGAUCACCUGUAUCUGUUCCACCAUGUGACUCAUGAGGCCUGGUUCUGCUUUAGCUCUGCCAUAGCUGUGUGAGUUUGCGAAGCUCAUCUCACUCCUCUGGGCUUCAGUUCCUUGUCUAUACAGUGAGGAAAUAAUUCUUUCUUGGUAGUCCAGGGAUUUUGAGAUGAUGGAGGAAGAUGUCUGGAAAUCUGAAGUUUGCUGGAUGACUUUGGGCAUGUCUCUUUCUCUCUCUAUGCUAAUUCACCCCUGGACCUUGAUUUCUUCUUAUGAGAAGUGACUGAUAACCUCAGAAGGGCUUUCUCUCUCUUCCAAGUCACCUUUUCUCAGAAGCCCUUUCUGAUUCCCUUAAGCCUCUGCGAGUGCCCCUCUGAAUGCACUCUCAACCCCCCUGCCCUCCCUUGGGCACUGUCUCUCCCACUAGCCUAGGUACCCUGAGGUCAGGGACUGUAACUUACUACUGCGUCCCAGCACCCAGCACAGCGCCUGGCACGUAGUAGGUGCUCAACAAGCUUGUUUAAGGAAUGAAUGUCGAUGGAAUCAACCGGAUAGGUUAUCAGAGCUCCUUUUACAGAUGGGAAAGCUAAGGCACAGAGAAGGGACCCAGCCCCAGGUGCCACGGCAAGGGGAGUCUGCCACCCGAGACAGGCAUCAGGUCCAGCAAAGUCUUUCUGAUAACAGGAGAGGGUAGGCAGUGAGGAGGUCUUCCUGAAGGGGGUGACAGCCCAGAGCCUGGGACCUUGCCCACACUUCAGAAGGCAUCAGCAGCAAGGCAACUUCCAUAAGCUCUCUCUGCCUCAGCUUCCCCACCUAAAAUGGGACGAUCCUUGUAUGUACCUCAUAGUGUUAUCUGAGGAACAAGUGAGUAGAUCUAUGUCAAGUGCUCAGAACGGCACCUGGCACAGUAAGUACACAACACGUGUUGGAUCUGUGGCUUGUCUGUGCCCACAUGUGCACGUGUGUUCAGGUGAGUUUGGGGUACCGUGUGCACAUGCUCUGUGCGUGUUGUAUGUGCACAGCUUUGCUUGUGCAGGGUAUACACGUGACUUGCCGCGCAUGUGCGCACCUCACAUGGGCACGUGGGAGAGCACAGAGGCUGCAGUCUGGGCGCCGUGGAGCUGCGUGUGUGCAUGUGUGGGCGUGCACGUGUCUGGUGCCGACGUGAGGGCUGGGCACACGCAGGGCCCGCUGCACACGGGUGUGUUUCAGAGCAGUGUGUGAACGAGCGCGUAGGCAGGAGCCUGUGCUGUGUGUGCAAGCGCUCUCCGUGUGCAAGCCUCCCCCACUGGCAGCCAUGCAGCACACCCCCGCCCCCAGCCUGCCUGUGUCGUGGGAGCCUUGGGACCCCGAGGGAGGGAAGCUGCUGCUAGCGGAUGUGGCCAAGAUGGACUGGAUUUAUUUAGAUUAAGGCGGUGGGAAAGGAGUGGAAGCUUGUAUGAGCAGGAAGGAGAGAAGGCUGGGGCUCUCACAGUGACUCCUCAAGCACGCUUGCUCUCCUGGGCUUGGGGUCCUCUGCUCACUUGGGGUUCUCCCCUGGACCAAGGGAGGGGUUCCCUCUGACUCACUGUGAGGAGCUGGGCAAUUAUCUCAUCUUUGGGCCUCCGUACCCCCAACCUGGCCAAAAUAGGAGGAAUCACGAGAACCCGCCUCAUGUGCAAAGGGGGGGGAUCUCUGAGGGUCCCCUCCCUCUCUCUGCUCCAAGGGCCUCCCCAGGCAGGAGAGUGUGGCAGGAAGGGGGAUGCCUCCUCCCUGACUAUGACACCCACCUUGUCCCAGGUGGUUCCUCCUUGGAGCACAGCCCUGCCCCUGAAAAAGGGGAGUGGUCACAGGCAAGUCCUCCACCCCCAUAUCAGCCACCUGGGCCCCUCUGGGGUCGGCUGGAAAUACAGCAACCCCUGGGAAGCACAGAAGUCUAUAAGGCAUUGGAUGGACAACUGGGGGUGUCAGGGAAUCCUCCAAGAUGGCCCAGGAGGUCACGUCCCAAGCCCCACUCUGGUUCUUCCCAGUCCACCGGCCUGUGGCCCACACCACGCUUCCCCCUGCCACCUCCUGAGUGUCCACAUCACCCGUUUAUUUGUCUGGAAGUCACCUGAAAGACUGAAGUCCAGAGACGGAAGCAACUUGUCAAAGUACACACAGCAAAUCUGGGACCAAAUGGUCAGGGGAUUGAAUCCGUGGAAUGAGAUGAGUUAUGGAUUCUCAGUCUACGUCAGCGUCAGGAAUGUUGCCCUUCCUCCCAUCAGUCCCUAUAUCCCCAGACCACCCCGGCAGGAAUAAUAGUGACCAGAACCUUCUCUCUGGCAGUUUUAGAGCACGAUGGCUCUUUGAGAUGACCCAUCCAAACCUCUCCCUGUAUGGAUGGGGAAACUGAGUCCCAGAGAGGGCUGGAGACACACUCAGUCUCAGAGUAGGUCUGAAGCCCCAUGUGAAAUGCUCAUUUCAUAAAGAGAGAAGCCAGUCCAAGAUCCCUGGUUGUCCAUACUCUCCCGAAGGUGGCUGCACUCUCCCUGAGCUCCUGUGCCCAGCCCAUCCUCUCCCUGCAGCCUGAUUCCGUCUUUUUGCUGUGUGACUGGGCCAUGACUCUGUCCGUCUCUGGGCCUCUGCUGCCCGUUCAAGAAGGCCCCUCCAAGCUCAGAGUCUCAGGGACUCUAAGCCCCCUUAGCGCCAGGCCUAGCAGGAGAGAAGCCAGUGUCAGGGGUGGUGGGGGAGGCCGCUUGCCCGCCCAGGGGCCCGGCCCACAGCCUUCCAGAGCCAGGCCAGUCCUAGUUGCCGUGACCUCCCAUCUCCAGGCCAGCCGACCAAAUUCCUCCUUUAGAAUAAUAAACAGUGUGGCCAGCCAGGGAGGCCAGGAGGGGAGGGGCAGGGAGGCUGAAAUGACCCCCUCCCCCAGCCUCCGCUGCUAACGAUUUUCUUUGGCUGAGAUCUCUGGUAGGAAGGGGGGAUCCAGAGGGGCACCCACCAAGGGACAGAUAGGCCUCUGUGGUGGAUGCUGGCUCCGCCACGGCACUGCUCCCUCCUGCUGGAAGAGGCCUGGCAUCCAGCUGGAGGGCUGGGGCAGGAGGGAUGGGAGAGGAGGGCACUGUGGAGGGGACCUCAGAUUGGCUGGGCUUUGAGUCUAAAGCAACUGGGAGAGGGGACCCUCAGGCAGGCUGGUCUGAAGGGAUGGGGAGAAUGCGGAGAAGGAGAGCAGAUUCAUUCAGGGAGCUUCUUAGGGCACUGGGCAGAGCCGAGACCAGCGAUCCCCAAGCCAGGGCCCUUGCCUGUGUCCCACGACUAAUGUGUAAACGCAGCCCUGGAAGUGGUAUACUUGCCGUUGUCCCAUUUUGAGAGCUGCAGACUGAGGCCACUGAGAUAGUGACGAUGCAGGAGGUAGCCCUGCUGGGGCUCAAACCCGGAUCCCAGCCCUGGCAUGGGAACUGAAAGGGGUGAGAUGAAAGUGGAGUGGGAGCAAUCGGUGUGUGGCCUUAGGAGCCGGGCCAGGCAGGGCAGCUACUCAGGGAAGGCAGGAGCCCCACUCUCCCGGUUGCCUUGUCACCUGGUCUCUCCCACAUUUCUUGCUCUAUGACCCCCACCCACUUCUGGCCUUCUUCCUGUUGAUCCUACAGUCAGACCUUUGCAAGCCUGGCUAUCGAUGGCUAUUUUGGACCCUCAGAUGGGGCUGCCAAGGGCAGGGGUAGGGCAAAGACGCACGCAGUGCGAUCCAUCUCUCUCCAUGUCCCUGCUUCUGUCUCCCUCUGCCUCCAUCACCCGGUGCUUCCUUUCUCUGUGUCUCUCGGCGUCUUUGUCUUUUUACCUCUAUCAUUCCAGUCCCUUUGUCUCCCUCCAGGACAAGCGCUGCUGUGUAGCCUCAGGUAAACUUCUUCCCCUCUCAUAGCCUCACUCUCCCCAUCUGGACCCUGGAGGUGUGGGUGGGGGCUUUGGAUUCAACAGUUUCCAAGGACUGCCGAAGCCGUGCUGUGCGGGGUGGCCUCCCCUGGGCCCAGCCCCCGACCCCUCCCUCCUGGGCCUCCCUGGGCAGCUUGGGGCUGAGUAAAGGGGGCCAGUGCGGGGGGGGGUGCCCCCCACAUUCCACAGCCCCCGCUUCCCUCCCCAACGCCGCCUCCAUUUCCUGUUGUGCUUGUGGAGCUGUGGGAGUUCUCCCGGUUCUGGCUUACCCCCUCCUUCUCCCCUAGGCCUUUCAUCACACUUUCCCAAAUAUUUGUCCUGGCAGAUAAGAGCCUGGUAUUGGAACUGUCACCCGGAGGACAGGCUGUUAGAGCUGGCGGGCCCCUGGACACCAUCCAGCCCAAGACCCGCCCCCCACAUACAUACAGAGAAACCAAGGCCCAGGGAGAAGCAGGGGGCUCAGCCGAGGCCAUCAGGGAGGUAGAGGCAGAGCCACAGCAGGGUCCAGGCACCCUGUGAAUGGGCCCGGCACAGGGGAGGGAGCUCCUUGGGCAUGAGUGCCCUCUUGGAGGGGGCUCUGAGUAGCCUUUGACUUUAGCCCGAGGGAUCCAGAGGCUGGGGCGCUCAGGCUGGGGCUUACUCUGCAGGACCCAGGCAAAGAUGGGCCCUGGCGCUGCCUCUGGCAACUCUGGGCCCUGACCCCUGUUUAACUCUGCAGGAUACCAUGCGGCCUCCGAGUGCCAUGCGAGCUCCUGUCCUCGAAGGCCAGGUGCUGUUGCUGCCCUUGCUGUUGUUGCUGGGACCACCGGCCUCCUGGGGCCUGGUCAUCACACCCCCGGGGCCAGAGCUUGUCCUCAAUCUCUCCAGCACCUUUGUUCUGACCUGCUCGGGUCCAGCUCCAGUGGUGUGGGAACGGAUGUCCCAGAAGCCCCCACAGGAAAUGACCACGAGCCAGGACGGCACCUUCUCCAGUGUGCUGACACUGACCAAUGUCACUGGGCUAGACACAGGAGAAUACUUUUGUACCUACAAAGGCUCCCAUGGGCUGGAGGCCAGCGAGCGAAAACGACUCUACAUCUUUGUGCCAGAUCCCACUGUGGGCUUCCUCCCUGUUGACCCCGAGGAACUAUUCAUCUUUCUCACGGAAAUAACCGAGACCACAAUUCCAUGCCGAGUGACGGAUCCGAGACUGGUGGUGACGUUGCAUGAGAAGAAGGUGGAUGUCCCGCUGCCCAUCGCCUAUGACUACCAACGUGGCUUCUCUGGUACCUUUGAGGACAAGACCUACGUCUGCAAAACCACCAUCGGGGACAGGGAGGUGGAUUCGGAUGCCUACUAUGUCUACAGCCUCCAGGUGUCAUCCAUCAACGUCUCAGUGAAUGCGGUGCAGACUGUGGUCCGCCAAGGGGAGAACAUCACCAUCAUGUGCAUUGUGACUGGGAAUGAGGUGGUCAACUUUGAGUGGACAUACCCACGCAUGGAGAGUGGGCGGCUGGUGGAGCCAGUGACCGACUUCCUCUUUGAAAUGCCCCACAUACGUUCUAUCCUGCACAUCCCCAGUGCCGAGCUGGGAGACUCAGGGACCUACAUCUGCAAUGUAUCAGAAAGUGUGAGCGACCAUCGAGAUGAAAAGGCCAUCAAUGUCACCGUGGUCGAGAGCGGUUACGUGCGGCUGCUGGGAGAGCUGGACCCUGUACAAUUCGCGGAGCUUCACCGCAGCCGGACCCUGCAGGUGGUGUUCGAGGCCUACCCGCCGCCCACUGUCAUGUGGUUCAAGGACAACCGGACCCUGGGUGACUCCGGCGCCGGCGAGGUUGCGCUGUCCACGCGCAAUGUGUCUGAGACCCGGUACGUGUCAGAACUGACACUGGUGCGGGUGAAGGUGGCUGAAGCUGGCCGCUACACCAUGCGGGCCUUCCAUGAGGAUGCUGAAGCCCAGCUCUCCUUCCAGCUGCAGGUCAACGUGCCUGUCCGUGUGCUGGAGCUGAGCGAGAGCCACCCUGCCAGCGGGGAGCAGACAGUCCGCUGUCGUGGCCGGGGCAUGCCCCAGCCACACCUCAGCUGGUCUACCUGCAGCGACCUCAAAAGGUGUCCGCUGGAGCUGCCUCCCACGCCACUGGGGAACAGUUCCGAGGAGGAGAGCCUGCUGGAGACGAACGUGACAUACUGGGCAGAGGAGCAGGAGUUCGAGGUGGUGAGCACACUGCGCCUGCGCCGUGUGGAUCAGCCGCUGUCCGUGCGCUGCACGCUGCACAACCUCCUGGGCCAAGACGUUCAGGAGGUCACCGUGGUGCCACAUUCCUUACCCUUCAAGGUGGUGGUCAUCUCGGCAAUCCUGGCCUUGGUGGUGCUCACGAUCAUCUCCCUCGUCGUCCUCAUCAUGCUCUGGCAGAAGAAGCCACGCUAUGAGAUCCGAUGGAAAGUGAUUGAAUCUGUGAGCUCUGAUGGCCAUGAAUACAUCUACGUGGACCCUAUGCAGCUGCCUUACGACUCCACCUGGGAGCUGCCGCGGGACCAGCUUGUGCUUGGACGCACCCUGGGCUCCGGGGCCUUUGGGCAGGUGGUGGAGGCCACGGCUCACGGCCUGGGCCAUUCGCAGGCUACCAUGAAAGUGGCCGUCAAGAUGCUGAAAUCCACAGCCCGCAGCAGCGAGAAGCAAGCCCUCAUGUCGGAGCUGAAGAUCAUGAGUCACCUCGGGCCCCACCUGAACGUGGUCAACCUGCUGGGGGCCUGCACUAAAGGAGGGCCCAUCUUCAUCAUCACCGAGUACUGCCGCUACGGCGACCUGGUGGACUACCUGCACCGCAACAAGCACACCUUUCUACAGCGCUGCUCCAACAAGCGCCGCCCGCCCAGUGCUGAGCUCUACAGCAACGCCCUGCCCGUUGGGCUCCCGCUGCCCAGCCAUGUGUCCCUGCCUGGGGAGAGCGAUGGUGGCUACAUGGACAUGAGCAAAGAUGAGUCAGUGGACUACGUGCCCAUGCUGGACAUGAAAGGGGACGUCAAAUACGCAGACAUCGAGUCCUCCAACUACAUGGCUCCUUAUGAUAACUACGUCCCCUCCGCUCCUGAGAGGACCUGCCGGGUGACUUUAAUCAACGAGUCCCCAGUACUUAGCUACACGGAUCUUGUGGGCUUCAGCUACCAGGUGGCCAAUGGCAUGGAGUUCCUGGCCUCCAAGAAUUGCGUCCACCGAGAUCUGGCAGCCAGGAAUGUGCUCAUCUGUGAGGGCAAACUGGUCAAGAUCUGCGACUUUGGCCUGGCUCGUGACAUCAUGCGGGAUUCAAACUACAUCUCCAAAGGCAGUACCUUCCUGCCUCUGAAGUGGAUGGCCCCCGAGAGCAUCUUCAACAGCCUCUACACCACCCUGAGCGACGUGUGGUCCUUCGGGAUCCUGCUCUGGGAGAUCUUCACCCUGGGUGGCACCCCGUACCCAGAGCUGCCCAUGAACGAGCAGUUCUACAAUGCCAUCAAGCGGGGCUACCGCAUGGCUCAGCCUGCCCACGCCUCUGACGAGAUCUAUGAGAUCAUGCAGAAGUGCUGGGAAGAGAAGUUUGAGAUUCGGCCCCCCUUCUCCCAGCUGGUGCUGCUUCUCGAGAGACUGCUGGGCGAGGGUUACAAAAAGAAGUACCAGCAGGUGGAUGAGGAGUUUCUGAGGAGCGACCACCCAGCUGUCCUUCGGUCCCAAGCCCGCUUGCCCGGCUUCAAUGGCCUCCGAUCCCCCCUGGACACCAGCUCCGUCCUCUACACUGCUGUGCAGCCCAACGAGGGUGACAACGACUAUAUCAUCCCCCUGCCUGACCCCAAACCCGAGGUUGCUGUUGAGGGACCACUGGAGGGUUCCCCCAGCCUUGCCAGCUCCGCCCUGAAUGAAGUCAACACCUCCUCAACCAUCUCCUGUGACAGCCCCCUGGAACCCCAAGAGGAACCAGAGCCAGAGCCCCAGCCUGAGUCCCAGGUGGAGCCAGAGCCCAAGCGGCCGCCGGAUUCCAGCUGCCCUGGGCCUCGGGCCGAGGCGGAGGACAGCUUCCUGUAGGGGCUGGCCCCCACCCUGCCCUACCCGAAGCUCCCCCUCUACCUCCCAGCACCCUGCGCCUCCUGGCCUGGCCCAGCCUCCCGACAGCCAGGCUGUUCCCAUCAGCUGUCCCCUCUGGAAAGCUUUUGCCCCUGGCACAUCACACCCCGACCCCUGGGGCUGGCUUAGGAGGUAAGAGAGCUGUAGGGACCAUGACCGGUCCUCUGCCUCUGGAGAGCGCAUGUGACUCUGAGCCAGGCUUCUCCCAGGGGACUCAGUUUCCCCAUCUGUAAGAUGGGAAAGGUGGGCUUGGCAACCCACAAUCUGGGAUUCUCACCCUGGCUGAUAGAUAUGGAGGCUGGAAUCCCUGAGGAGAUGCUCAAGGUUCAUGAGGUGGUAGGUUAACUUUUUUUCUCUUCAGCCAGCUGCCCCUCAAGGAGCUGCAGCUCUCUCCUUGCACUUUUUCCUGCCCAAGAGCUGGGGAAGGGACCCUAGCAUCUCUGGCUCCUGGCUGAGCUAGGGCCUGGCCUUGGACAGUGUUGUCUCAUCCAGAAGCCACCUCCCCUCAAUGCCAGUCUUUGCUUUCCCAGGCCCAGGCUGGUCUGGGGCCUUCCAAGCUUAAUUAAUGCUGGGGGCCGAGCCAAGGACAGGACACCCUGGCCUGUAGCCCCUGCCCCAGGCACUCGGGGUACACCUCCCCAUAACAUGCCUGUGUCCGUGUCUUCCUGGCCCCAUGGAUCCAGGGGUCUUUUUCCUCAUCACUGCCAGUCUUACUCCGCUCACCAGAGUCUCCAGGGCCAGAUGGGCCCCACGUCUGUGAUGAGUGUGUUGACGUGCCUGCAAGAGGUGUCCACAUGUAUGGACCAAUGUGGCAUUGGACCCGCUAAGAGACCUUGGAGGAAUCCCUCGCCCUCUGUUUUCCCUGUUGAAAAAUGAGCAGGUUGGACUCAUUGACUUCUGGUGCCCUGCCAGCACUAACAUUCUAGAAUAUUCCAGGGGUUGCACACUUGCCCAGAUGAAGCAAAGAUAAACCCUCCAAACCUCUAUCCUGGGUUAGCUGGGGUCUGGGGAGGUUCCAGACUACACAGCACACUCCAGGCAUUCAGGAACUGUGCCCCUCCCCCAGGCCCCUGGCAAGUCCCCAAAGGCCAGCUGCCCAGGCCUUGACUCUGAGCGACAGCCAGUGUCCUGGAAAGCCCCCAGAAGCUGCCCCAGGGACAUGGGGAGACCGUGGGACCCCUUUCAGCACCCACAUGACCUCUGGAGCUAUUCUGGGCAAAGGAGGCCAAGACGGCAAGUCAGACCACCUGUCACAGCCCACUGCUCGUACCUGCUGUCCAGGUCUGUGCCGCAGACCUAGAGGACAGUGAAAGGACAAGAAACCUUGGAUGGGGGACCUGAGGAAGGGGCGCAAGAGGUGGGUACUUUGGGUGGUGUCUUCCCACCUGCCAGCUGCCCCACCCUGAGGCAGGAACCGUAGAACAUGGCUUUGUCUGCCCGGGGAUGCUCACCUCACUGUGUCUGCCAGCCCAGUUGGCACUGGAGGGAACUGGGGCGUGAGGGCUGUGGCCAAGACUGCUGGCAGGGGAAGGGCUGGAGGGAGGGUGAGGGAAGGUCAGCGCCUCUGGGCACCAGCCCCUUGUGUUGGUUGGCACCUCCCCGCCCCAGGACCCCCGAAGCCUGGUCAAGGAGAGGGCGUGGGUUCUCACUACGGUACCAAAGAUGUAAUCACCUAGGUUUACAAGUAUUUUUAGGACUCACAUUAACUCACAUUUAUACAACAGAAGUGCUAUUUUGUAUGCCAUCAACUUUUCUUCUCUGUGUACUUUUUUUUUAAAAGAAAGAUUUUAAUAUUAAACCUGGUGCUUCUCACCCACAGACCUCGUGGUGUCUCGCAGGUUUGGAUCCCCGGGCCCGGGAGGUGGCAAGAGUGGGGUAGGGCAGCCGGGCUCGCCCAGCUGUAGGAUCCCUGCACAGGGCCCUUCAGCUCAAGUCUUGCUUCCAUCUGUGAGACGGGGGUCUUCACACUCCCCCCAGCUCCUCGCUGGUAGCCAGGUGACCUGGACCUCAGGCUUUGGUUUUCCAGGUUGCGAAAGGAGAAGGCUCUUCCGGCUCUGCAGUGCCCGGCUCUGGGUUGGGAGCCUGUGCUCCCCCGCCAGCCCCACUCCGCCCCACCAUGUGCUUUGGCUUUGGCCGUUAAGCCAGGCCACCCCCCUCCCUCCCUCCACUCUGCCCAUGGGCCCAGAUUGAGGCUGGUGUGGCUCAUGAGAGGCAUCCGCUAAAGCCCAGAUCCCAGGCCCCGGUGAGUAGUGGUCGUGUCUCAGGUAGGAGCAGGGCAGAUGGACAGAGCACCCAAGGGGUCCAGAGAGCAGGAAGAAUGAGAAGAGAGGGUGAAGGAGAGAGGG